AUGAGUGAUAAAAAUACAAAAGAAAAUUCAUCAAAUUCUCGUAAACCGAAUGCAUUAGAUCAUGCUGAAUCAUCAAUAUUUCGUUGGUUUCAUGUUAUAUUUUGGACAUGGAUUAAUCCAAUAUUAACAACUGGUUAUAAAAAACAAUUAAACGAAGAUGAUUUAUAUGAAGUUUCAGCUAAAGAUGAAUGCUAUUAUUUAUUGAAUCGACUUGAGUCUCAUUGGAUGAAAAAUCCUGAUCUUCGUACAGAAAAAAUUUUAAUCAAAACAUUUUGGAAAAAUCUUAUAUAUUCAGGUUUAGUUCUAUUUCCAUAUAUCGCUGCCAAAGUUGCUCAACCAUUACUUUUAAAAGAAAUCGUUUUAACAAUUAAUAAUAAUGAUCGACCUUCGUAUAUCGGAUAUAUCUGUGCAUGUGGUUUGGGACUUUCAACAGUUAUUCAAGCCAUAAUACAUCAACAAUAUUUCUUUCGUACAGUACGUGUUGGUUCACAUGCAAAAAUUAGUCUGUCAUCAAUAAUUUAUAAAAGAUUAUUAUCAUUAUCAACAAGUUCACUAACAGAAACUACAACGGGUCAAAUUGUGAAUUUAAUAUCUAAUGAUGUUGGUAAGUUUGAGGAAUUAAGUAUAAGUAUACAUCAAAUAUGGGCAGCACCAUUAGAAGCAAUUAUUGUUUUUAUUUUAAUUUGGAAUCAAAUCGGCUUACCAGUAUUAUUUGGUUAUGGUGUUUUACUUAUACUGGUACCAUUACAAUUAAUAUUUAGUAAACAGUUUGCGAAAAAUCGAAAAAAUACUGUUGAAUGGUCGGAUAAACGUAUUAAGAUUAUUAAUGAAAUUCUUGUUGGUUGUCAAAUUGUUAAAAUGUAUCAAUGGGAAGAAGCAUUAGAAAAUGUCGUUUAUAAUGCCCGGCAAAAUGAAUUUAAAAGUAUAAGAAACGCCAGUCGAAUUCGUGCAAUUAAUAUGGGUAUAUCAUUUGCUGCAUUACCAUUAAUUUCUUUAGCUUUGUUUUUUGGAAGUUGGUUAAUGGGCCAAGUUUUAUCUCCUGCAAAUAUUUUUACAGCUUUAUCAUUAUUAAGUAAUUUAAGAGAUCCAGUAACAGUUAGUUUGCCUUAUGCAAUCGAAAAAUUAAGUGAAAGUCGAAUUGCAGCAAAAAGAAUCAAUCAAUUUAUGGAAUUAUGUCAACGAAAUCAAAAAGUAAAGGAUGUAAAUGGGAUUCUAGGAAAUAUACUGAUGAAUAAAGCUUCAUUUAGUUGGGGUUUAUCGGAAUUAAAUGAUAUUGACUUAAAUAUCCAAAAUGGUUCAUUAGUUGGUAUUAUUGGUUCAACAGGUUCAUAUAAAUCUUCACUUUUAUUAGCAAUUCUUGGUGAAAUGUCAUUAACAAAAGGUACAAGUCAUAUUCAUGGUCAAAUUGCAUAUGUAUCUCAAAUCCCUUGGAUAUUUGCUGGUUCAAUUCGUGAAAAUAUUUUAUUUUGUAAAUCAUUUGAUGAAGAAAAAUACGCUUAUAUACUUGAAGCUUGUCAAUUACUUUCCGAUUUACAAACAUUUACUGCAGGCGAUAUGACAAUUAUUGGUGAAAGAGGUGUUAACUUGAGCGGCGGUCAAAAAGCAAGAAUAUCGCUUGCCCGAGCUUUAUAUACGGAUGCAGAUAUUUAUUUAUUUGAUGAUCCAUUAGCUGCUGUUGAUCAUAAUGUUGCACAAAAGAUAUUUAAAGCAUGUAUUAGUAAUGAAAGUAUAAUUAAAACAAAAACUCGUUUAUUAGUCACACAUCAAAUACAGUUUUUAACAGAAUUUGAUCAUUGUAUUUUAUUAAAUAAUGGUCAAAUUGAAAAACAAGGUUCGCCAAUUGAAUUAUUAUCAACUGAUCAUAUUGCAAAAUCUUAUGAACAUCAACAAUUUCAUACGGAAGAAACAAAACUACGUGCAGAGAGUGUUACCGAUCCAUCAAAUAAACAACAACAACAACUUGAUAGGACAAGUAUUGUGAAAGAUGAAAUAUCAAUUGAUGGAAAUGUAAAUAUUAAAAUUUGGGCUAAAUUAUUUACAUCAGCUUAUGGAGUAAUUGGACUUAUUUUCUUAAUUUUUCUUAUGCUACUUGCUGAAGGAAUUUAUGAUGCAACAAAUAAAUGGCUAAGUAUUUGGUUGUCAAAAGAUUUCAAUGAACAACGUGAAAAUCAUUACGCAUAUAUUUAUCUUGGAUUAGUAUUAGGCACUUUGUUAAUUUCAUUAAUUCGUGCAGACUAUUUUUUUAAUGUAAUUUUACAUGGCGCAUCUGUAUUACAUAAUCGUAUGUUUAAAAGUAUUUUAUAUACAUCAUUAAGAUUUUAUGAAAGUAAUCCAGUUGGUCGAAUAUUAAGUCGAUUCAGUAAAGAUCAACAAAUACUGGAUGAAUUAUUACCAACAACAUUUUAUAGUACAGUUGAAUCAUUAAUUAUGGUUUUAGGUUCGAUUGUUAUUGUUGGUAUGGCAAAUCCAUGGGUUUUAUUAAUAUUAAUACCAAUAAUUCCAGUAUUUUUAUGGUUACGAAGAUAUUAUUUACGAACAAGUCGAAGUUUAAAACGAUUAGAAAGUGUUACACGAAGUCCAAUUUAUGCUCUCUUUUCUUCAUCAUUAAAUGGCUUAAUAACAAUACGUGCAUUUCAUGUGGAAAACGAAUUUUUAAAUUUAUUUAUUGAAAAAAUUAAUGCAAAUUCACGCGCUUCUUUUCUGUUUCAUUGUACAAGUCGCUGGUUUGGUAUUCGAUUAGAUUUAAUGACUUGUUGUUUAACAGUUUUUACAGCCAUUUUAUCAAUUGUUUUACGUCAUCAGAUGGAAACAUCAUCGAUUGCUUUAGCUUUAUCUUAUUGUAUAAGUUUGACUGGGGUUUUUCAAUGGACUAUUCGACAAUCAGCUGAGACAGAAAAUUUUAUGACAAGUGCAGAACGAAUUGAUGAAUAUUCGCACUUAUGUUCAGAAGAUAGUUUAUCUCAAGGAAAAAUUAUUCAACCUGCUAAUUGGCCUUAUGAAGGAAGAAUUCAAUUCGAGAAUUAUAAAUUAAAAUAUCGUCCUGAACUUGAACAUGUUUUAAAAGGAAUCAAUUUAGAAAUAAUUCCUCAAAAUAAAAUUGGUAUUAUUGGGAGAACUGGUUCAGGAAAAUCAUCAAUAUUUCAAGGUUUAUUUCGUUUAACUGAACCAUCAACAGUUGAAGGAAAAAUUCUUAUCGAUGGAAUUGAUAUUCAUUCCAUCAAUUUAAUUGAUUUACGAUCAAUUUUAAAUAUUAUUCCACAAUCGCCUGUUCUUUUUAGUAAUUCAUUAAGAUAUAAUCUUGAUCCAUUUCUACAAUAUACGGAUGAACAAUUAUGGAACGUAUUAGAUGCUGUACAAUUAAAGACAAAAUUUGAUAAUUUGGAUAUACAAGUAGCUGAAUAUGGAAGUAAUCUUAGCGUUGGUGAAUGUCAAUUAAUAUGUGUUGCAAGAGCAAUGUUAAAACAAAGCAAAAUCUUAUUAAUUGAUGAAGCAACUGCACAUGUUGAUAGAAAAACUGAUGAAAUUAUUCAGAAUAUUUUACGAGAAAAAUUUCGUAAUCAAACAAUUCUAACAAUCGCACAUAGAUUAAAUACCAUAAUGGAUUGUGACCAAAUUGUUAUUAUGGACAAAGGUUUUAUUCAAGAUUAUGGGUUACCAAAAGAUCUUCUUGUAAAACAAAAAGACUUUUCAGAAGAAUCAUCGUUUUAA